UUACAUUUGACCGAGCAUGAAAUUCAAAAUGAAGCAUUAAUUCAACUUGAAAAUAUUCUUUUGCAACAAAAUAAAAGUUUAAAGAACUUUCCAAAUAUGCUGUAUACAGAUUCUGUUCGGGAAUUUAGAGAAUUUGAAAAUUCAUUAAUAAAUGAAAAGUUAAAUUAUGAUAUAGAUACCCUUACAGAAUUUGUUGUGCAAAAUACAAACCGUUUAAAUGAAGAUCAAAUG